GGCUUUCCCUUGACGAUACUAGGAAACACGGCGCCAUUUAUCGGAGAGUGUGAUUUGGCGAUGGCAGGCCACUCGUAAGGAAGGCGGCGGGCGGUACUAGCAUGGCAUCCGCGCCCCGGCCGCACGCCGGGGUACUUAUGUAGGUGUAGAGGUGGGACGGGAAAGCCGAGGGAGCGUGGUGCCCCGUCUUUGUGGCUUACUUCCCAUCUUUCGUCUUGCUUGCUUCCUGUGCGCACGCUUAUCGCGAGGAUGUCUCAUCAAGCUACUCAGACGUCGACGGAAGAUAGGGCGCAGGAUGCUGCCAAUACGCUGGCCGAGGGGCGUGCAAGCAGCGAGGCGCGACGCGCGGAGGAUACGUCUCCGGCGACUGCAGGACCGAGUCGGCAGCCGCAAGGCAUGCACGCGACGGGCUCGAGGGAGAGCUUGGCGCCUCACGCGCAGGAGAGCUCGCCACCCAGUGCGCACGACCCAAGCAGCAGCAGUGCGCCUCGUGUGGGUUCCUCUUCGCCAGACAGAGGUCCAGCGCCGCGAGCGGGUCCUUCGUCGCCUAGUGCGGGCUCAUCGUCACCUCCCGCGCCACCGGCGACUACCGCCAGCCAUGGCCCGGGUACAACAACUACGAGCCACGGUCACCUCGAAAGCCCUUCGACCCCGCACUCCCAUCUGUCGCGGUAUCCGUCCGAGGCGCCCUUGAUGCAGCGCGUUUCGUUCGCAGAGUCUACAAAUCGGCCCUUGCCGCCGCGCCCUGACGAGAUCGAGGGUGAGCUGUACGGUGUACCGACGUUCCGGCGGGUGAGUGGGAGGAGCAUGCUUUGUCCUGUGUGUACAUGCCAUUGACGUUGGCCGCGCGCUUCAUGACAGCCGAGCCGGAUGCGAAUGAAUCUCGCGAGAUCUUCGCGUGGGAUGUCGCCGCAAUUCGAAGAGAAGCCGUUCAGAGCGCGAACGUUGGGCGAGAGACUCGCGCCGACAAUCGAUGCGGCGACGAAAGAACGCAAUAGAGCGGC